UGAUAAACAAAAAUAUCAUCCGGUUACACUAUUUAAAAGACCUUCGUCUGCGUCGAAAAUAUCAUUGUUUGUAUUAGGAUACAUUUGAUGAAACAGGAAUAAAGAGUAGAGGAUAUAAUAUAAACAUAACUACAGUUCAAGCCUUAUACGACAUAUACUUUGCAUUCGCCGGGCAGAAUGAGGACUUUCAUUUUGUUGUUGUUUGUCGUAACAAACCUGUUGCCGAGUAUCAGUGCAGGUUGCCCUGAUGGAUGGAUAUCAUAUGGCGGCCAUUGCUACUAUAUUGGAUAUGAGGCACUGCUGACGUUUCCAGAGGCAUGGCUUUACUGUGACAUACGUGGUGCUUAUCUCACACGACUAGACACUUACUCCGAGUACUCCUUCUUGAGAAACUUUCUGAAGAUAACAAAAGUAUCAGCUGGCGCAUGGAUUGGUUUGACUGACCAGACACAUGAAGGGAUUUAUCAAUGGUAUGGCACAAACACAAGCCCGACUUUCUCGGACUGGGGACCUGGUCAGCCAGACAAUCUUGGCAAUGAAGACUGUGUAGGAAUAUGGGCGGCCAUUGACUACAAAUGGAACGAUUUUCAAUGCGUUGGUUAUAAAUUGAGACCACUGUGCGAAAAGAUUUCGACUUAACGCCCUCACACAUUUGUAUACUUUAAUGGUUUGACUUGAAAUAUUUCGUUGCUGUUGAUCCCAUGUGCAUAAAACUUCAUAUUUUUCCUCUCUGCCAACGGACCAACAUUGCAUUAACAUUUGUCUAAAACAUCCAACAUAUGUUUAAAUUUAAAACAUUUUCAGUUCAUAAAAAGUCCUCUGGAGAAAAAGGAAUGUUUCUUGCUAUUUAUAUAAAAAUGUAUAUUAUUCUUUUCAUUCUAUGACAAUUUUAUUGUCCUAGAAUUUUCUGUUAUUAUUUUGUAAAGUACUUGUUCGAUACAUAUUUUAGAACUCAUUAAAGUACAUUCACUGUA